GCGCGGGCACUUCCGGCUUCUCUGCCGCCUGGAGGAUGAGUGACGCCGGGGAGCGGCCACGUGACUCCCCGGGGCCGGGGCCCGAGUUCGGCCCCUCGGCCCUGGGGACCAAAGAGCAAGUUUGUAAGGAGCUUCACACCUUUAUGAGUGCUGAAAGGCUCCAGAAAAGGAACAUUGCAGCUUAUGAUUGGGAUGCUGCAUAUGAAAGUGAAUUACAGAUUUUUCAGGAGAGUGGAGAUGCUGGGGAAAUUUGGUUUGGAGAAGAAAGCAUGAUUCGUUUAAUCAGAUGGAUGGAAAAACAAAAGAUCCCUCUGGACAGCUCUGUGCUUGACAUUGGAACUGGAAAUGGUGUUUUACUUGUUGAAUUGGCAAAAUGUGGUUACACUAAUCUCACUGGAAUUGAUUACUCUCCUUCUGCAAUACAACUUUCUCAAAACAUAAUAGAGAAAGAAGGGCUGUCUAAUAUUAAAUUGCAGGUAAAAGACUUCUUGACUCCAUCAGCUGAGCUAUCAGGAUUUCAGAUUUGUAUUGACAAGGGAACCUUUGAUGCCAUAAGCCUUAAUCCUGACAAUGCAGCUGAGAAGAGGAAGCAGUAUGUGAAAUCCCUCUGCACGGUAUUGAAAAUGGAAGGCUUUUUCCUCAUAACCUCUUGUAAUUGGACCAAAGAGGAGCUGCUAAAUGAGUUCAAGGAAGGAUUUGAAAUUCUGGAGGAGUUGCCAACACCCAAGUUCUGCUUUGGAGGGAGAAUUGGAAACAGUGUAACAGCCUUGGUUUUCCAAAGAAAAAAAUAAGGCCAUCCAUCUUGGACAAAUUAGAUUAGCUGAGAAAAGAAAAGUCUUCACUUCAAAGUAAAUCUGAUGCAAAGGAGAGAGAGAGAGAGGGAAAAAAAACCCAGCAUCUGUGUAAAUAACUGCUCACUGAGUGCUCA